AUGCGACAUUCUGAACGGUUAGAUUAUGUUUUACAAAAUCGUGAUUGGCCAGCGGAAGCUUUCAUUACUGGAGUCUACGUUCCUCAUGUGAGACAAUUACCAACUGUAUUACCACAUCGCGCCGAUCCCUAUGAACACGUUCUCGAUACCCCAUUGAGUAGAUAUGGAAAGGAUCAUGCGAAACGUACAGGAGAGUUCUUUCGUUCGUUAAAUCUAAUCCCUGAUCAAGUUUAUACAUCACCAGCAAUGCGUUGCAUUCAAACCGCUGAUUCUGUUCUUCAAGGUUGUGGCAAUCGGCGAGAUAUACCAUUGAAAAUCGACCUUGCUCUCCAUGAACCAGUUUUAACGUCGAUCUACAUUAUCGGCCGACGUUUCCAUCGAACGACAGUCGUCUCAUAUAUGGUGAAACACGUUUAG